AUGAAAAAUAUUAAAUUUUCUCAAGAUUACACUACUGAUAGCUUAGGAAUAUCUGGAACAACAUUUUCUAAGACUUAAAUAUCUCUAAAUAAAAUUAUGAACCUAAAAGAAUCACGUUAACCUUAAACAGACAGAACAGAUAGCAAUUAUCAAACUCCACUUGCUCAUUUACCAGAACUGAAGAUGAAACAAACAAAAUCUAAAAGAAAAAUAGGAUAAAGACUUACUAAAAAAUGUACAAGAUAGAGUGAUUUCUUUAAUAUUUAUAAGGCUCCUGAAACCUUAUAAAUUAAUCCUGAUACUCUUAAAAAAUAAUCUCGCAUUUACAAAAUGACCUAAUAUAUCAUCCAAUAAUAUAAUGAGGAUAUUAAAGCUAUAAGAGAUUCAUAAGAUUAUGAUGAAACUAUUGCUGAUUAAAAAAUCUCAAGGUACUUAACUGAAGCAUGGCUAAGCAUAGAAUAACUUAUAUAAAAUUUAACUAGUUUAUUAGCCUAUAAAUUUAAUAGAUAAGAAUGUGAAUAAUCAAUGAAAGAAAUCUUACUUGAAUGUUUCAAAUCAAAAAAUAUUUGUGUACAUUAAAAAAUACUUUACAUUUUUGGAAAAAUAGAAUAAUUAUUUUAUAAUCCUAUACAAGGAGCUAUAUAUUUUAAAAUUUGUAAGAGAUUAUCAGAUAGUGAAACUCAUUUUACUAGAAAAAUGAAAGCCUACAGAGGUUUAGGUGAAUGUCUAUUAAGAAUCUAUCCAAAAUUAAGUUAACUGUAUUUCACCAAAUAUUUGAUGGCAGCUUGGAAACUAAAAUAAAAGAAUGAUGAAUUACUUGCAUAUGAAUUAUUGGGAAAGUAUUAUUUUUAUGUUGGAUAAAUUGAGAAAGCCAAACUCUUUCAUGAAAGAAUGAUUAAUGGAAAUUAUGAGGUAAUCUCUAGUAUUUUUAUUAGGAUGAAAAUUCAAGAGUUCGUUUGUUAGCCUUGAGUAGAUUAGAAUAAGGAAGUUUAUCAAAUAAGAUUAAUAAAGAUCAUCUAAUUGUUGAUAUAGAAUAAGUAUCAUCAGAUGAUGAAUGUUAUGAAAUUGUAUUUCCAUAAACAUCUGAUAAUAUCCAUUAGAAAUAUUAUGUUGAUAAAUAUUUUCAAAAGAAAAUACCAGACAUUAAAGUCAUUAAAGAUACAGCAAAUUUAAACAUUAGAUAAACUGAAAAAAAAUAUAAUUCUUAAUUUCUAUCAAAUGAAAUUUUCGAUCCAUCUAGAGUUAUAGUUUCAAAUCCUCAUCAAAGUCUUGGGUCUAUUAAGGACAAGGUUUUGAUGAGUCAUAUGACACCAAAUAGAAAAUUGGAAAUGUAUUAAUAUAUAGCCUUAGCCAGUGAUAAAACUGGCUUUAAUAAUUCACCAAGAUAUGAAGGUUUAUAUAAUAAGUAUGAAGGGAUCAAAUUUAAUAAGAUUAUAAACAGAACUAUUGAAUAAUUUAAUAAUAUUCAAUAAUGGAUAGUUUCACAAGAAAAAACAUCUACUCUACCAUAAACAACAAUAAGAAGAAAAGGUUACUUUCUAGUCUGA